AUGGCUUCGGACUCGGGGACCCAGGGGACCCUCUGCACGUUGGAGUUCGCGGUGCAGAUGACUUGUCAGAGCUGUGUGGAUGCGGUUCGGAAGUCCCUGCAAGGGGUGGCAGGUGUCCAGGAUGUGGAGGUGCACUUGGAGAACCAGAUGGUCUUGGUACACACCACUCUGCCCAGCCAGGAGGUGCAGGCUCUCCUGGAAGGCACGGGGCGGCAGGCAGUACUCAAGGGCAUGGGCAGCGGCCAGUUGCAGAAUCUGGGGGCAGCAGUAGCCAUCCUGGGGGGGCCUGGCACUGUGCAGGGGGUGGUGCGCUUCCUACAGCUGACCCCUGAGCACUGCCUCAUCGAGGGAACUAUUGACGGACUGGAGCCUGGGCUGCAUGGACUCCAUGUCCAUCAGUACGGGGACCUCACAAAGAACUGCAACAGCUGUGGGGACCACUUUAACCCUGAUGGAACAUCUCAUGGGGGCCCCCAGGACUCUGACCGGCACCGUGGAGACCUGGGCAAUGUCUGCGCUGAUGCUGAUGGCCGUGCCAUCUUCAGGAUGGAGGAUAGGCAGCUGAAGGUGUGGGAUGUGAUUGGCCGCAGCCUGAUUAUUGAUGAGGGAGAAGAUGACCUGGGCCGGGGAGGCCAUCCCUUAUCCAAGAUCACAGGGAACUCUGGGGAGAGGUUGGCCUGCGGCAUCAUCGCACGCUCCGCUGGCCUCUUCCAGAACCCCAAGCAGAUCUGCUCCUGCGACGGCCUCACCAUCUGGGAGGAGCGAGGCCGGCCCAUCGCUGGCAAGGGCCGAAAGGAGUCAGUCCAGACCCCUGCUCACCUUUGA